AUGCCCGCAGUGCCUGAGCUUCUCAAUGCGAUAGCACAACUAGGCAAUGUCGCGCCUCGCGCCUAUGGCAGUGACAGCUUGCUACCACAUGGGCCCGCCAUUGACGUGGCAGCCAUGAGACAAGAUGCGCCUCGUACAAUACCAAUCGCCAAGCGACAGCAGAUGGUCGUGCAGCAGGGCAUCAUACCCACCUACUACAACCUCUCCGGACCCCAGCCUGGCACGGUAGUCGGCAUCGUCCUAGGCAGUGUUGGAGGCUUCCUGCUCAUCGUCUGGCUACUCUACUCCCUCACCAAUAGUAACGGAGCCGGUACGAGAACGACAAUGGCAGGCGAAGAAGAGAUCGUAGUGCGUAAGCGGCGCAACUCACAUGGAAACAGGUCGCGGCGCAACUCUCAUGCACAGAUGCGCGAAGUUAGCAGGAGCCCGAGGCAAUCGAGUGGGCGGUCGCACAUCAUUGUGGAGGAGAGGAGACAGCCACCGCCGCCGCAACAGAGGACCAGGAGCAUCAUCGUGGAGGAGAGACGGAGAGUGCCCAACGACGAUGUUGUAGAAGUUAUCGAGGAGCAUGACGAGUACAGAGAAAGGAGAGGCAGUCGAAGGGGAGGCUAUCGAUGA